AUGAAUUAUCUAUAUCUAGUCAGCGUUGCACUUGGAUUUAUUGGCGGUGUGAGUGGAAUCGAUUGUGGUGCCAAAGAACUCAAGGAUUACAACUUUGAAAGCUUUAAAGGCAUACAUUCGGUGACGAAGUUGAAAGAUACACCACCCACGCAAACUAACGUUACGUGGUAUAUUGGGAUAUGUGAUACCAUAAGUGAGAAAAUAGAACAUUGUCCUAAGAAUUCGGAUCUUUGCGGGAUAACACUGAUUAAUUUGGAGAAAAAUUCCCAGAAGGAUGCAGUUGUGUCGGAGAUUGUUGGAUUCAACACGAAUUUGCAGAAGCAAUACAAGCCAUUCACCAAGGAUGGGGACAAAAAGGAAGAUGGUAUCACCAUUGUGUAUAAGGGUGCGAACUGGGGUGACAAUUUAGUCGAUGCUGAGUUGAGAUUUGUAUGUGCAAGCUCGUCUGAUAACGACAAAGACUUGGACAAGUUCGAGUUGCACCAGUGGGACGACAAGCGGUUGAAAGUCUCUGUUAAGACCAAGGCUGCAUGUAUCACCGAUAAAAAGGAUAAGAAGAAGCCAGACCACAAGAAAGACAAAGAUAAAGUCGACAAUGGUGAGUCUUGGGGGUGGUUCACAUGGAUCUUCAUCUUCUUAGUGUUAUUUUUAAGUAUCUAUAUCGUGGGUGGUGCGUGGUUUCAAUACAGCAAGGGGAAUGCGAUCGACUUUCAGAGUGCUUUGAGAGAAGUGUUAGAAAACUUUGUGAGCUUACUUAGGGGGUUGCCUAGUUUCGUAAGGGAGAUAAUUGAAAAAUUCACAGGUAAUAGUAAUAGAGGUGAAUAUAGCGCAGUUUAG